AAAAAGUGGCAGGUUGAAUAGAGAAGUACCGCGAAAAUGUUGGGCACGUUCGGUGCGUUGUCGAGCAAGGUGAAGGUGAACUAUGCCAAAAUCCGCCUGGACAAUGCCAUUUUCCGCCUGCAUUAUCGUGCCACGAGCACGUUCCUGAUAGUGGCUUGCAUUCUGGUGACCAGUACUCAGUACAUCGGAAGUCCUAUUCAGUGCAUAAUGGACGGCAAGAAGGCCCCGAACGCCAUUAACACUUACUGCUGGAUCGCGGCAACAUUCUCCAUCCCGGGCAGCUUCGGACGCAGCGUCGGUUCCGAGGUGGCUCAUCCGGGUGUGGGCCCGGAAGAGUACGUUCGCAACCCGAACACUGGCGAGUACGAACUCGCAGACACCGUUGAGCACGCCUACUACCAAUGGGUGCCCUUCGUGCUGUUCCUUCAGGCCAUCAUGUUCUAUUUUCCCCACUACUUGUGGAAAAGCCUGGAGGGCGGUCGGGUGCGAUCCGUGGUCGUGUCUGGUUGUUCCAGGUCUGUCAAGGACGAAGAACGGGCCGGGAAACGCCAAAUCCUGACCCGUUACAUGGCGAAUCACUUGCGCCGUCACGACGCUUGGUUUUAUCAAUUCGUGUUUUGCGAAAUGCUGAAUCUGAUCAACGUCAUCGGCAACAUUUUCUUCACGGACAAAUUCCUGGGAUACGAGUUCUCCAAUUUUGGCAUGGAGGUGGCGCAGUUUGUCGACAGGGACCCCGAAGACCGAUUUGACCCCAUGGCUCGGGUCUUCCCCAAGGUGACCAAGUGCACCUGGCACCAAUUCGGUCCUUCUGGUACCAUCGUGAAAAAGGACUCCCUGUGCGUCCUCGCCUGGAACAUCAUCAACGAAAAGAUCUACGUUUUCCUUUGGUUCUGGUUCGUCAUUCUGGCUGUGGUCACUGCUUUGGGCUUCUUGUACCGCCUUGCCAGUGUUUUCUAUUCUCCCCUGCGAGCCAAAAUUCUUUUGCUCAAGAACGCAGCUGCUCGCGAGGAAGUCGAGUGCGUGUUGGACCAAUGUCACGUCGGCGACUGGUACUUUUUGUCGCACAUUUCGGCUGAGAUGGAUCCCAGGGAUUUCAGGGAAUUCCUGAAAUCCUUGGCCGCCGAGCUGAAAAGUGGGAAUAAUGACUCGGAGCCUGCCGAGUUUUCCAGCUUGUACCCGAAAAGCAAUGACUUGGCGUAACGUUGUUGAACAAAAAAGAAGACGAGGAAGAAAGGGGGUUUUUUUUUCAUCUUCUGAGACAGAUUUUCCAUGUAGCGAUUCUCGUGUAAUCUUCCUUCAUACCGUGUCUCUUCAAGAGUAAGGCAGGUCUUAUGCCCCGAAAAAUUUGACUAGAGCUUAUUCGAGGAGCAGAUUUUAUAAUCUGAAAGAAAAGAACGAGUGCUUUCAUGAAUUCGGAUUGAAAUAUUUUUUGAGACGGGACGUUUUGUUUUUGGAAUCUUCGAAGUAGAUCAAAAUAAAAAAAAAUGAAGUAACUGAUGGAAUUAUUAUCAGGAACAAAUGUAUUUGGCAGCUAUUCCCACUUAUCCAAGAUACUGAAAUUCACUUCCUCUCUGUGCAAAAUUCAAGAAUAGACUUGAGACUAAUUUUCAGGGGAAGGCUCAUAUUCAUGGUGAUUUUCGAUAAUAGUGCCAGGGAUUACAGAUAACUAGGUCUUUGGGGGGG